AUGACGCGCCGUACCUACAAUAUCGCCAUGGUCAGCGACUUCUUCUUCCCGCAGCCCGGCGGUGUCGAGUCCCAUAUCUACCAGCUCUCCAGCAAGCUCAUCGACCGCGGCCACAAGGUUAUUAUCAUCACCCACGCCCACGACGAUCGCAAGGGCAUCCGCUACCUCACCAACGGCCUCAAGGUCUACCACGUACCCUUCUUCGUCAUCUACCGCCACACCACCUUCCCGACCGUCUUCUCUUUCUUCCCCGUCCUUCGUAACAUCUGCAUCCGGGAGCGCAUCGAGAUCGUCCACGGUCAUGGCAGCCUCAGCAGUCUCUGCCACGAAGGCAUCCUCCAUGCGAGAACCAUGGGGCUCAGGACCGUCUUCACCGAUCACUCGCUCUUCGGAUUUGCCGACGCCGCGAGCAUCCUGACCAACAAGCUGCUCAAGUUUACCCUCAGUGACGUGGACCACAGCAUAUGCGUGAGCCACACCUGCAAGGAAAACACCGUUCUGCGAGCCUCUCUGGACCCCCUCAUGGUCUCCGUCAUCCCCAACGCCGUCGUUGCCGAGAAUUUCCGGCCCCGGGACGACACAGCUACCGUCCACACUGGCAGCUUCGUCCCUGAGCCAUCUCCCACGCGCCUUCGUCCCAGCGACAUGAUCACCAUCGUCGUCAUCUCCCGCCUUUUCUACAACAAGGGCACCGACCUGCUCACCGCCGCCAUCCCCCGCAUUCUUGAGGAACACCCCAACACCAGAUUCAUCAUCGCCGGCUCCGGUCCCAAAGCCAUCGAUCUCGAGCAGAUGAUCGAGACCAAUGUCCUCCAGGACCGCGUUGAGAUGCUCGGCCCUAUCCGUCACGAGGAUGUCCGCGACGUCAUGGUCCGCGGCCACAUCUACCUCCACCCCUCCCUGACCGAAGCCUUUGGCACCGUCAUCGUCGAGGCUGCCAGCUGCGGCCUCUAUGUCGUCUGCACCCAGGUCGGCGGCAUACCCGAGGUCCUCCCCUCACACAUGACGACCUUUGCGAAGCCUGAGGAGGACGACCUCGUGCUCGCCGCCGGCAAGGCCAUCACCGCCGUCCGUGCCGGCAAGGUCCGCACCGAGAAGUUCCAUGACCAGGUCAAGAAGAUGUACUCGUGGGCCAACGUCGCCCUCCGCACCGAGCGCGUUUACGAUGGCAUCACCGGUACCAUCCCCGAGCAGGACUUCUACGGUUUCGAUACGGGCGGCUACAAUGGCAGCCGUGUCCGCAACUUUGCCCUCAUCGACCGUCUCAAGCGCUACUACGGCUGCGGCAUAUGGGCUGGUAAGCUCUUCUGCCUUUGCGUCGUCAUCGACUACCUCUUCUUCCUCCUCCUCGAGUGGUGGUUUCCUCGUGAGAGUAUCGACCUCUGCCCUGACUGGCCCCGCAAGUCGCUGGAGGGGGACGACGACAAAAAGGAGGGCCGGAUUGACCGGUCGAGUGUCUCGCAUGGGGCGACAAAGAUCGAGUAG